UCAAUGCAGCAGGAGCAACAAGAAGGAACUUAAGAAUAAAAACUCUAACAGAUAAGCCAGAGAGAUGAGAUAAGAAAUGCUCAGAAUUCACUGGGAGAGUGAGCAAGUGAAGUUAUUGGAGUGAGUCAGUCCCUUUACAUACAUUUUCCAAUUUUCUAAGGCCAUUGGAGGAAAGCAAAUUGUACUUCAACGCACUCAAGUUGCCUCAGACUUCCCCAACAUCUCAAGUAAAGCACUGAUGAAACUGGUCUACAACGAGGACACCAACCAUCAAGCAAAAUGAACAUCUCCACUGCUUCAUCUUUGUUACCCACAUUGGUCAAUACUGAUACCAUUUCACUAUUCUCACUCUCAGUUACAUCCCCUACUCGACCUCACAUGACAUCUUCUUCGGUCACUCCCAAACCAAGCAUGUGUUUAUUAGAUGACACAGCGCUUCGUCUACCACUAGCGUUUCUCUACUCCCUCUUGUUCCUCCUUGGCCUAGUGGGUAACCUCUUCGCCUUGUGGGUCUUCCUUUUCGUCAACGCAAGCCGCAACUCUGUGCGCAUGUUCCUCAUCAACUGCGCGAUCGCCGACCUGGUCCUUCUGGCUUGUCUACCCUUCCGGAUUUUCUAUCAUAUGAACGGAAACCACUGGCUCCUGGGACACGUGGCUUGCAAGCUGGUGGGGAAUCUAUUCUACAUGAACAUGUAUAUUAGCAUCACGCUACUGGGAUUCAUCAGCCUGGAUCGCUACUUGCGACUCAAAGGGAAGGGCAGAGUGAAGAGAAGCUUGGCGGUGCGACUGUGCGGGUGGAGUUGCCCUUGGAGUUGGGUGGCUUGUGGCGCGCUUUGGGGCUUGUCUCUGGCGGCGUUAGUUCCCAUGAUUGCUACAGCUGAGGACAAAGAGGACAAGCACAAAUGCUUCCAAUUCAAGCACCGGCAGCUAGCGAAAGGGAAAGCCUACUUCAACGUGGUGCUAGUGGCAUUGUUUUGGUUGGUCUUCCUCAUGCUCAUAGUGUCAUACGCCAAGAUUGCCCAGCGGUUAAUAAAAGUGUCACGGGACAAGCCGGAUCUUCCCAAUGCGCAAAGAUAUGAACGUACUGCCAAGAAAUCCUUUUUUGUGUUGUUCCUGUUCACUCUUUGCUUCGCUCCAUACCACAUAUUUCGGCCCAUCUAUAUUCUCGCCCAGCUAAAUCCGACGGCACCCUGCGACUACCUGCGUGUGGUGGAUUAUGUCAAUGAGAUCAUGCUGUUAUUCUCCGCCUUUAACAGUUGUUUGGACCCUAUCAUGUACUUUCUUAUCUCUGGCUCAGUGCGAAAAACUGCCCGCCACGCACUGAAAAACCGACUAUCCAAUCGGCUUUUCGUCCAAAACGAAGUCACAUCCAACAGUUCGACAACAGAGUUCCGAAGGUCUUCCGUACAUGUGGCUUUAACAAGAACAGCGGACUGAAUCUUCGCCAAAGGUUAAUGUGCUGAUUAGGGUUGUUCCGAUCAUGUUUUUUUGCUCCCGAUCUGAUCCCGAUCGUUUUAGUUUGAGUAUCUGCCGAUCCCGAUAUUUCCCGAUCCAAUUGCUUUUUUUGGCUCCGGAAUCAAUUCCGAUCAUUCCCGAUAAUUUUUCCCGAUUAUAUACAUUUUGGCAAUGCAUUAAGAAAAAAAUGAAUAAAACUCGGACGAAUAUAUACAUUCAACAUACAGUACAUAAGUACUGUAUUUGUUUAUUAUGACAAUAAAUCCUCAAGAUGGCAUUUACAUUAUUAACAUUCUUUCUGUGAGAGGGAUCCACGGAUAGAAAGACUUGGGACUUUGUGUAUUGUGACUAAAUACUGCCAUCUAGUGUAUUUGUUGAGCUUUCAGUUCAGAUACUGCAGCAUGCCCCAAGGCAUGAUGGGAAAGUGGAACCAUGAUGGGAAGUAAAACCAUGACUGUGAGUCAUGCUAACAAUGGAUAUACCAUCUCUGCUUUGUAGAAAUAAAUUGUGGAAUACAACCAGUAAUUAAAUGCCACCUUGCCUCCCCGCAGUGCUUCCCCCAACGUUUCUAAUCAUGGGGAGAGAGAUUGAAAGAUUAAAUCAAAUGAGGAACAGUGUCAAAGACUUUCAAUAUUCGCUCUAUGCAAUUAUUGCUGAUGUAUAUCUCUCUUUGAAGGUAAACCACCGUCACAAUUGAUUGAGUGCGUCAACGAGUGAAAGGGUCAUACAGCGCAAAUAUUAAUAGCUUUAAACACUGUAACAUGACCCAUUUAUCAAACAAAUAAAUGCCGCCGUCUUCGGGAUAUUAAUGAUAACCCUACCUUAAGCCUAAACUAAAGACUCUGGAUGAGUAACAUAUUAUGUCUGUAACGUUGAAUACAAUUAGAAAACGAUUUAAUUAAAAUAUAUAUAUUAAAAAAAGGCAUGGCCGAUAUUUUGUUGCCGAUUCCGAUACUUUGAAUAUGACGUGAUCGGACCCGAUCAAUCCCGAUCAAUCGGGACAUCUCUAGUCAUAACCAUUCAUUAAUCAUAGCAGUGUAAUAUCAUAACUAUGAUAGUGUCAUCAUCAUAGUGUCAAAGUGUUACUAAAUACCAUAACUACUAAUUAACGAAACAACUGGAACAGUAACUGAAGAAAUAAUUAGCACAGAACAUGAACUUUGAUUGUUAUUUACAUCUGUAGUGCUGCAAAGUAUGCUAGGAGGCAUGUUGGAUGACAACAGUGUUGACAGCACGUGGCAGCAGAGGUUGACUCUCUCCCCAAACGUAGCAGCGAUGGCCAAAAGAAGUUUCUUGAGGCAAUGAAGCUUUACAGCCAAUUAGUUCAAAGCUUCAUGGUGGUUCAUUUGGUCUUAUGACAGUCUUAUGAUGCCGCUGUCAAAUAAAGUGUUAUCGGUAAUAUAUUUGGUGUAAAUAUCCCAUAAUACAGUGAGGACAGCUGCAGGCUAUAGUCCAGUGAGUCUUAUCUAUGAACAAAUGCCGUUUUCGUAUCAAAUUUGGUGGGCGGAGGCUUAUAGUCCGGCGUGCCUUCUAGUCGGUAAAUUUUGGUAGUUCAAGAAUUGUUUUCGUUUCAAAUAUUAAAUAAUGUACUGUAUAUUUUUUAUUUUACACUUUCAAUGUUUAUUGUUUGUUUACUAGUGUUUUUCUGUGAAGCCCUUUGUGGUCUUUUUGAUGAUUUAGAGCAAUAUCAACAAAUUUGACUUUGACAUGAAAAAAUGCUUUAAUAAACUGAUUCUUGUUUAGAUAUGUUGUUCUGGUUAGGGAAUUAAAAUGUUGAACUUAAUUACAACUAAGUGUAUAAAGUUACAUGUAUUAGAAUUUAAUUACAAUUUAGUAAACAAUCACAAAAACAUGCAAAAAAUCUUUCCAAAUUAAUGUGCGUCCCAACUGCAGUUCUAUUACAGAAUUGAAA